ACCAUGCUCUAGUUAGCUGUACACGUAUGUGAUGUACCGAGCCACAUGACUCGGCCGAACCAUGUACGGAUGACCAAAUCUACUCCGAAGUUAUUCUUGUAAUUACAUAAUUAACCUUCAUUUCGAUAUCUCAGAGGAAUAGACGUUACCAUGAUUAAUACCCGAUAUACGGACAGAGGAUUGUGAUAUAGCUUGUGGGUUAAACUGGCAGUGUUCAGGAAUCAGAUUGUAUAAUGGGACUGUUUCCGGACCAAAACUCCUCCGCGAGCCACUUUCACCGAAUGAAAUGGAUAGGCCUGGUGGUUGGCUGUCUCGCUAAAUUUGUGACGGGAUCUUUGUUUGUCUUCAACGUUUAUGAAGACGCAAUCAAAAACACAUUCAAUUACACCGAAACAGAACUUCAACUGCAGUCAUCCCUGCUUAACAUAGGACUUGGCUUUGGUUUUAUUCCCGGCAAGAUCUAUGACAAUUUUGGACCCCAGUGGGCGUCACUAGGGGGCGUGGUCGUGUCCGUGCUUGCCUACACUCUACUAUGGAGUACCCCUAAAUACGUUUCCUUCUACCAAAACAAAAGCUGGUUAAUGGCUAUCUACUUCUUCUUGUCAGGUCUUGGUUCAGUUUUUACCUAUAUGGUGGCACUUAACACAAAUGUCAUCAACUUUGACGAAAAGCACAGAGGCAAAAUAGUAGGACUGCUAAAUGCGUUCUUUGCCGGAAGUCCUUCUAUAUUCGCAGUUAUAUAUUAUCAUGUCAUAGGAGACCCAACAAGUACCGAAAGCUUUUCGACAAUGAUGCUACUGUUUGCCAUCGCGUUUGGUAUUACAGAUGUCAUAUGCAUGGUAUUCCUGAGAAUUUACACCAAACCGACAGAUCUUUUGGAACAACGGGAAAUGAGAAGCAAUGUUUCGUCUGAACAUGAAGGAUCUACUACCUGUUGUGAGAGUAUGAAUACAGUAAAGAGAGAAGAAGGGACACCGCUCCGUGAUCUUCUACGAAAUGCUGAUUAUUAUAUCUUCACUCUAAUGGUUACGUUCGCUUCCACAGUGGGACUAGUGUAUGUGGUCGCUCUAACACAAACAACCAACGCUAUGAACUUCUCCUCACACAAUCCCGAAGUGGUGUUGAUCGUUCCCAUUACUAAUGCCUUGAUCAGUGUUAGUAUCGGCGUAUUCUCCGACUACUACAGAGAAAGGUUACCACGGUUAACCAUUUUGAUUGUAGGAUGUUUAGCUUUUGUGGUGUGUCAGGUCCUAAUAGUGUUAUUGGCAGAUGGGUACACAUGGAUCGUGAUUGCGACUGUAUUCUGUGGAAUAGGGGUGGGGCUAAUCUGGUCCAUCGCCCCUACCAUUAUGAGCGAAUAUUUCGAUGUUGCUAACUUGGGAAGAAACUGGGGUAUAGCCCUGUUCCUUGGGUCGCUGGUGGGCUUAGGCGCACAGGAAAGUUUUGGCGCUUUUUACGACGCUGCCAAGAAAGACCCGAGUGAUAUAAACUGCUACGGAAUCGAAUGCAUUCGCAAAGGGCAUAUGGUAGCGCUAGCAUCUGGUAUUUUAGCCACAAUUCUGGGCAUAGUACUUUUCUUUAAACGUCGAAAUUCAGGUCAAAAUAGAUUCGAGAGGUUUGAAUAACUGUGUUGAUUUCAUAUCUGCAUGAACCUUCCGAUUCCGACCCCAAUGUGAUGUGGAACUGGUGUCUCAUCACGGGUUAGUACAUUACAUAAUUGUACUUGUUUUGUGGAUGAAGAACAGAAAUACAUUUCAAUAAUUGCGAUUUUGUUUAUCAAUAAUACGUUAUACAUUAUUUGAAUGUAUUACAAAGAGAUUUUAAAAUUGAAUACCUUAUCAACGAAUUGAUGAAAGUUAUCUUUAUUGUUUUCAUUUGUAUUUUUAUAUAUACAUGUAUAAAACAAUGUGUUAUUUUAAUGUUUUAACGACUUAACACUACUCGACGUUUACAUCACAGAAUAUUGAUGCGUACCAUGGACAUUUAAUUAUGCAAUUUAUAUGAAUUAUACUAAGGACGUGUGCACACAUCUGCUUAUGCAUGCAUACACACACGCACGCGUGUCGUUAAGAGAUUGAUGCAAUGAAAAUCGAUCGUUUGUUUCAUAUCUUUCAAAAAUCAACACUAGAUAUCAGAUGAUGCAUCAGAUAGUGUACAUAAAUUUCUACCAGGCUUGAAUUCUAGUCGGAAUUGAAUAUUUGUGAAAAAGAUAUUUUUUUUCAAAUGUCAAAUCUAUAUCUUGCGUACUAGUAAUUUGAGAUACUUUUGUAGAUAUCUUCAAUUUCGAAUUAGUUAUUAUAGUUGUUAUAUCACACGGUCAGCUUAUUGUUGUAGGUUAGUUAUCAAUCACAGGUGUCAGCUUUCAGAUUCAGGAUAAUAAGUCACAUGUCACCUCUCUUUGAUCACCCCGUGAAAACAAUGUGUACACGAGUUGUCGCUCUUCCACCAUACUUUCAAUACAUUUCUCGAGUAUGUGAUAUUAUUUGACAGCUUUAGUUUGUAUUAAAUUGUAGAAAUCUACGAAAAAUGAGUAUCACUUUCAUAGUGGCUGUCAAGCCAAAUGUAAUAAACUGAAUUGAAUAGUGAAGACAAUCAUUAUGUUGGUUGUGUCGGUUAAUAUUUGAAAUCUCCAACGCUUAUUGUAUUGAUAUUUAUCCUAUACCUAGUACUAGAUACUGCAUUUCCGCCCGGCACAAUACAUCUAAAUCCACGUGACCUUAUUAGACCACCGGUCGGAAAAUGCAUAUCAACAUAUCAGACUAGCGGUCCGAAAAUGCAUAUUACAGCUUUCGGAAUCCCUUAUAACUCAGCAGACGACCACUUCCUUUGUAAACACCGGUCAGAUUGUCAAGCGAGGGAACGUGUGACUAGCGGACAUAAUGGGUAUCAUGGAGUUAUAUAUAAACGUAAUGUGCAAGAGAACAGUUAGAUUUAUUGUUAAUCUGCUUUCUAUGUCAUAAAUGUUUAUAUAUCAUUAUUUUUUCUGUUUAACGAAAAAGUGUGAUACAAUUAUAUGCAAAAGAAACAGAGGAGGAUGUUUACAUUUUUUUCUGUUCACAAUUAAUUGAUAUACAUAUCAAAUAUGUAUCAUCGGCAUUUGUUGUUGUUUCAUCAAAAUUUUGAAUCAUGCAUUCAUUGUAUAAGUCUAUGAUAAAUAGAAUAAAACAUAAAGCCACCUAAAGCCCUCGGUCUGAUAUUGGGUCUUCGGGCUGAUAUGGCACGUGAUAUGGAUUUUACCAUGUAAUAUUCUAUAUGUAUUAGGCGGGGAGAUAUUCAAAUAAAGUCACAUGAUGUACGAUAUUCACGUGCAAAAUCCGUGUCCAGUUUUUAUGGAAACAACUCUCGAGCUGAAUAAAUGAAUUUAAGAAAUACA